AGCAAAAUGUCCGGAGUAUUAAACCGAACUCUUUCGCAAGGAAAUUCCAUCAUCCGGCAACUUCUUGCUGUCAGAAAUCCCAUGUGUCAGGAAACCGCUGGAUUUAAAGUGAAAUCGCGUCUGAAGUUGCGUUGCCGCAGUUGCUACUUUCUUCGUGUCGAGGGUCGUCUUCACGUAGAAUGCAAUGAGAAUCCCCGGCACAAGGCUCGUGAAGUGUUCGAUGUGAAGAAGCUUUGGUAAUCUGUCGACUUGUUUUGUUAUUUCUUUAUUGUUUUAGGCCACUGUAGCACUAAUAAAUUUGUAUUUACG